CUUCGUACUUUGUCUCUUUGGGAGAACAGUGGGAAGGGCAUUCGAGUAAAAGCCGAACGAUCUUCUCCUUCUCACUGUCAUCUACCUCACCUUCUCCAUCAAGUCUCGGUCUUUCUUCUCUCCUCCCUCGUCAAUCGACAGCACAGAAUUGCAUUCACUGUACUGCCCGCCUUCCCUAUCAUACUUUUCCGCCCUCCACUGUCAUUCUGGGUUUUCUUCAUUAAAGCUGAAGUUUUUGGGCAAUUUGGUUCGUAAAGUGUGCUUCUUGAUGGGUAAUGGUGAAUGAGAGAGAAUCCCCCUUUAUUCCUGGGCGGAUCAGUGUCUACUGUCACUGCUUGCUACCUCAAAGUCGAUUGCUUGUCGGGUUUUGUUUCUCGUUUUCCAGUAUCGAAGUAAGGUAUACAUCUGAUCUUGAUCGAGAACUUUGUUAACUUCGGAUAAGGAUGAGUAAUUACGGCGGUGAUGAUGAUGAGGUGUACUCUGUCAUCGGAGACAAGGGAGAGAUUGGAUAUAUUGACAUCGACAAUGACCCCUCUGUAUGUAGUUAUGACCCAAGUGAAGAGGGUCCAGUAGUCGUGUCGAUCCCUUUCCCUUUUAUUGAAAGAAAGCCCCAAUCUGCCCUCACAGGACAGACCUCAAAGUGUUCAAUCACGGUAACAAACACAACCGAUGAAUCUGUGGAACUAUGGGGGAUCAGGAUUUAUUGCUCCAAUCCAGCAGACUCAUUCAAGUUAUCUAUAAUGGAACCACCUUUUCCUGAUUCAGAUGAUCGUUACAUUAGAGCUUUCAGAGAGGACUAUUAUUUGGAAGACAGAGUUCUUGAGCCGAAGCAAACCUUAACCCUGUGGCUUUCUUGUAAACCCAAGGAUGUGGGAUUGCAUACUUCUAUUGUGCACUUCGAUGCAGGGGAAGACCGGAUUGAACGUGUUGUGUUCCUAUUGGCUGAUGAUUCACUCUCUCAGUCCUUGGCCUCAAAUCGUCCCUAUUCUCAGGUACCACGGAGGAGACAUAGUACUCAUGUUGAUGAUUACGUGCCGUCAGAGCGUCCUUUGAAGACAAAGACCCAACAGAACUUCAAGUUCUUUCUCGAUGUGUAUCCUAUCCCAAAGUAUGUCAGAGAACUGGUAGCGAAACGUCAACUCCCCAAGGAUCUCUGGGAAGGUUUGGAUCCGGAGAACUACACAGGUUACUUCAGUGCUUUGAUUAUACUGGAAGAGUUACAUUUAGAGGAAGAGAUGAAGAAGCAUAAUAUGGAGAAUGUUGCAUUGAGUACAAAAGGGGCCCGCUUUUUAGCUCUUGAGGUCCCAGGGCUUGCUGAGAAGCGGCCUUCAUUGGUACUAGGCGACUUUGUUUUCGCAAAGAUUGUUGGUGGAGAUGAUACUCCAUACCAGGGUUACAUUUAUAAAGUUGAAGCUGAUGAAGUCCUGUUAAGGUUCGCUAAUGAAUUCCAUGCUCAAUACUUCUAUGAGAAUCGAUAUGAUAUUCAUUUUAACUACAAUCGGGUUAACAUGAGGAGGUUGUACCAAGCCAUCGAGGCGACCGCGAAUGUAGGAAACGAUCUCCUCUUUCCAUCGAGAUCGUCUCAAAGAAUGUGGAAUGCAAGAGCUUCAAUUGGAGCUUUCACCUCGAAUCUCAAUGAGGAGCAGGCCCAUGCGGUGCGAUCGGUCCUACGUUGCAAAGGCUCUCCUCCCUAUGUGAUAUAUGGUCCCCCAGGGACCGGUAAAACAAAGACUUUAGUAGAAGCAGUUUUUCAGGUUUAUAAGACAAGGAAGAACUCCCGGGUCCUAAUUUGUGCAGCUUCAAACAGUGCAGCAGAUCAUGUUCUUGAAAGCUUGACAAGCAAAAGCAAUGAGGUUGCUCGGGUCAAGGACACGGAGAUCUUCAGACUUAACGCAAUGGCUCGUUCCUGUGAGGAUGUUCCCUCAGAACAUAGACAAUAUUGCUACUCUGAGGAUUCAGUCUUCAAGUGCCCUCCAAUGGAAGCCCUGAGGAGGUACCGGAUUGUUAUAUCGACCUAUACAAGCUCAUCUCUCCUUAGGGCUGAAGGUGUAAGGCGGUCCCACUUCUCGCACAUAUUCUUGGACGAGGCAGGCCAAGCCUCGGAACCUGAGGCUAUGGUACCAUUGGCGAAUCUCUGUGGACCUUCGACAGUGGUGGUUCUAGCCGGGGACCCAAAGCAACUGGGCCCUGUUGUCUUUUCCAAGGACGCUGAUACCCUUGGGUUGGGGAGAUCUUACCUCGAGCGGCUUUUUGAAUGUGAUCUCUACCGGAAUGAGGAGGAAGGUUUUGUCACGAAAUUGGUACGGAAUUACAGAUGCCACCAAGCAAUUUUGGACCUUCCCUCAAAGCUCUUUUAUGGAGGGGAAUUAUUAGCUUGUAAAGAAGAAGACAAUGACUCGAAGAAUAUGAUCACAGCCACUGGCCUUCUUCCAAAUGAGGGCUUCCCUGUUUUGUUUAUCGGGAUUCAGGGCUGUGAUGAGAGAGAAGGCAACAACCCAUCAUGGUUUAAUCGCAUAGAAGCGAGCAAAGUUGUUGAUAUAGUAAAGAAAAUUACAUGCUCGGGCAUUGACGAAACUGAGAUCGGGGUGAUCACGCCCUACAGGCAACAAGUAGUUAAGGUACGAAGCGUGCUGGAGAGUUGGGAUAUGACCGGCAUCAAAGUUGGCAGUGUCGAACAAUUCCAGGGGCAGGAGCGGGAGGUAAUAAUUGUAUCCACCGUCCGAUCUACGAUAAAGCAUAAUGAGUUUGACAGGGUUCAUUGCCUCGGAUUUCUCAGCAACCCGAGGAGGUUCAAUGUUGCAAUAACCCGAGCUAAAUCUCUGCUCAUUAUUGUUGGUAAUCCGCACAUUGUCAGUAAGGAUCGGUAUUGGGAUAAGCUUCUGAGGUACUGCUACGACAAUAACUCAUACCAAGGCUGCCCACUUCCUGAGAAACAAGAAUCUGCAGAGGAAGAAGAUGAUCUUGCCAGUGUAGACAUUGACUUUAAAUACGGUCCUCAUCUCCUUUUAAAGGAUGGAAAGUGGUUCAUAUCCGACGAGCAUAAAGGGUCAGACGGUUGGAAGUGAAAUAAACCCCAUGAUUGUAUAUACCGUCUUUUUUAUCCGACAUUUUCUAAUCUUAUAGGCAUUUGGUUAAUAACUUUGAGGAUUUUUAGUUGACGGUGAUUAAAUUUUGGAGUAGCUUCUUCCCGAAA